AUGUCGAACUCAACACAGACCCAGGAGAAGACGGAACCGUCCCAGCAACCACCGCAGCAGAAGCCCCCCGUGCUCGAAGAAGAUGAUGAGUUCGAGGAUUUCCCCGUUGAAGACUGGCCACAAGAAGAGACCGAACAGGCGUCGACCAACGGCGCCAAUUCCCAUUUAUGGGAGGAGAGUUGGGACGAUGACGAUGCGGCCGAGGACUUCUCGAAGCAGCUGAGAGAGGAACUGAAAAAAGUCGAAGCAUCUCGUUAA